AUUCAUCCCUGCGUUUUUGACGGGGAACAAAAUGGGAGCGAGGAUGGAGAUCUUUUUGCAUAUGUCCGACAUAUUGCAUCUAAUCUCGUUAUUUAUUAACGACGUCUAAUCGUUAUUUAUUGUUUGAUCCACGUACGUUUAAUUGCCGAGCGGAAAUGGAAUCGUAACUAUCUUCCAAAGAGUUUAGGAAAACCAAUACGCGCGUGUAAAUGUAUGUGAUGAUGUCUGGCUCGCCUUUAUCCAGCCACCGCCAUACAGAAACCGAGAAGGUUCGAUCGAAGCCAACAAUCGCUGCCGUGUUACUCGUUACAAAGAGGUGUAUGCGCAAAAUAAAGGCCUGCACUUUUUACGAAACUAUCUUGACGACUUCACUCCUCACCUAUUUGUCCAAUAUAUUUAACAUUGACUUCUUGCGAAAAGAUUUUUAAAAAAUUUAAUUAAGACCUUGUAUAUAAAAAUCGUAAGAAAGACGGCAGCGUGUUUACGGCGAGGUGAGAUAACAGAGAAAAUGAUUACUGAUACGAACUACUGCCUGAGAGGGGAGCGAGACAGUGAAGCGACCCGCGGGGUCGUCCGUCUCUUUCGUCUUCUUCUGUUAUCGUUUAUUACCGUUGACAAGAAUCCGACAGUGCAAAGUGUGUUGUUGAAGCGAUCGAAUCGAUGAGACGAACGGAUCACACGGCGAGCAUGACUCCACGAGCAUCUAGGAGGGACUCGGAUGUCGUCCUGUCCAACUUCGGCCAUAAGGAACACCUCUUCAAGUGUCUCGUUAUUGGCGAUUACGGUGUCGGUAAAACUGCGCUGGUCAGAAGAUAUACGGAAGGGAAAUUCUCCUCGAAUUACAAGAUUACCAUAGGCGCCGAUUUUGCGAUAAAAACGCUCGAUUGGGAUCCACAAACUAAAAUAAACUUACAGCUAUGGGACAUCGCUGGUCACGAGAGAUUUGGAUACAUGACAAGGGUCUAUUAUAAAUACGCGGUAGCCGCGGCUCUCGUAUUCGACAUCUCACGAGUGGCGACCUUCCAGUCGAUGAAGAAAUGGCUGAACGAUCUCAGGGAGAAGGUCGCACUGCCAGACGGCUCGAGUAUACCAGUCGUACUCCUGGCGAAUAAAUGCGACAUAUCGGUCGCCGUGACCAACGAGCAGAUCUCUAAAUUCUGCAAAGAGAACAAGAUACACGCUUGGUACGCGACUUCCGCGAAAAACAACACCAACGUCGAAGCAGCGAUACGCUAUUUGGUGGAUAAGGUGCUAAAUUCGAGAUUCGACAAUGGUAUACGGGAUUCAAUUCAAUUACGGCAUAAGAGCACGUCAAGUCGCGAAAAAUCUAUGUGCUGCAAAUAGAGCGAUGUAUACAUGCAUGGACGAUUUAGAAUUAUUGAGAAUACACAAAUCAACGUCAUGAACAGAUAAUUGCGAGAUCAUCAAACACGGUGAUAAUAUGAUGAUAAAACAAAGCUACGAAAGUGUAUCGUUGAAAGAUUUAUAUACAUAUAUUGUCAUAGUCACAUUUGCUUUAUGUGAUAACCAUUGCCAUUAUCAUUUGUUAACCGCGCGUUUACAAUGUCCUCUUUAUAAAUUUAUGUAAAUAAAUUACAGAAAAUAACAUGAUGAACUUAUUAAUA